AUGUCUUCUCUCAGGACUGUUUUAAAUGACUCUCUCAUCAUUCAUCCUCCAGGCUUCUAUAUCAUCGGAUUUGAGACAUUUUCCUUCAUCAGUGUCUACUUCAUCUUUUUAGCAUUUGUUUAUGUGGUUACAGUGCUGUUCAAUAGUUUGGUGAUCUAUGUAAUUGCCUUUAAUCAUUGUUUACACACUCCAAAAUUUCUGGCUGUGGUUAACCUGGCAGUAGUUGAUGUAAUUCUAAACACGUGCACUAUUCCCAGCAUGCUAAAGAUAUUCCUCGUUAAGGAUAACUUUAUUCCAUUCAACCUCUGUCUGUUACAAAUGUUUGUCUACUAUGCUAUAAUAUCUCUGGAGUCUUGUGCACUCGCUAUACUUGCCUACGACAGGUUGAUUGCAAUAUGUUUCCCUCUGCGUCACAACUCGAUCAACACAUUGCGCAGCAUGUCUUGUAUUGUCGGCCUGACUUGGUCUUUUGCUCUGGGAGUAACCACAUUUUCAACAUCUAUAAUGACUCGACUGUCUUUUUGCAAUUCUGUCAGAGUGUUCAGCUAUUUCUGUGACUAUGCACCUGUGUUUAGACUCGCCUGUAAUGAUUACACAAUGCAGUGGUCUGCAGCUUCUUUUCUCAGUGUUUUGCUCCUAGGAGGACCCUUUACUUUUAUUCUUCUGUCUUAUGUCAGCAUCCUGGUGACCGUGUUUAGGAUGAAAUCUUUAGACAGUCGGGUGAAAGCUUUGGCCACUUGUGUUGAGCAUAUCAUCCUGGUUGCUGUAUUUUACAUUCCUGUCUUUACCAUUUUUACUGUCGGAUUUUAUCUGGGUCGGAUUGACCCAGACCAGCGUGUGCUGAGCCUGUCGCUGGCCUCUUGCAUCCCACCCUGCAUCAAUCCUAUUGUAUAUUCUUUGAAAACCAAAGAUAUCAAAAUCAGAGCCCUUGCACUGGUAAGAAAAAUAUGA